CUCCAAUUAACUACUAAUUUUGUUUCGUUAACAUAAUGUCUUCAACUUUCUUUUUUAUUAUAUUACUUGUAUGUUGACAUAUAGUAUUAGUUAAGUAACUAUAGGAGUAUGCAGUACACGCGGACGAAAAACUUAUCCGAAGUUCCGAGAAGUCACUCCAGUAACGAUAAAUGAUUCGUCUAUUGUUUUCCAGCAUGUGUCGUAUACCUCUGGAAAAUAUCAUCGCACUUGACAUUGCAUGUCUUGUCGUACAUCGGCACGUUGUGGAAACCAGAGGUGAAAUUGUCUCCGGAUUUUUCGGAGGUUUAUUGGCGAGCUUCUCGGGGAUAAGAAUAGGAUUCUCCGCGCUGUGGUAAGUUGGGGUGAAUCUACUUUUAACAUAAUACACUAAACAUAAAGAACUCACCCAGAUUAAGGUGUUUGAAUAUAGUUUACUUAUAGAUAUCUAAUUCUAACCUAUCUGUACAAGACGACUCUUACUCUUCACCUAAACUUUGAACAGUACCUUGAUUAAUAGCAUCUCCAUUAACACCCACAAGUACAAUCUUUUCCACAACUGUAUGGAAAUCUUCAUCAUCACCAUCUAAGAAAACACACAAGUUUUGGACAUUUUGAAACCUAACAAAUUUUAACUUAAAUUCAUACCAGUCAUCCUUGAUUUUGUCUACAUCCACUGAUUCAGAAUGGGCUGCAUUACCGUUUGAUGCUUCAUCAAAUGAAAUAAUUGAUUGGACAUUUGGCCAGAUUUUAACAAUGUUGGGUAUUUGACUUUCUGAUUGCAAAUCUUCUUUAUCAAUUUUUAACCCUUCAGUAGAGUACUUUUCCCCCUUCUUUAAUUUAAAUAAAAUUGAAUAUACUUUACAAAUAUUCAAUAACGGAAUAAAGAAAAUCAUUUGUGAAUCGGCAUCAGACCAAACACCACUGAUUUCAUUGUCAAUCUUGAGAAUGUCCUUUACUUCACCUUCGUACAACUUCAUUGAAUUCAACGCUUCAAAAUUUCCAAAGUCAAUGGCGGUGUUCAAUAAAGUGUACCCCUUAGGAAUAAACUGCUUGACUUCCUUACCAGCACCAGGUUCUAAUACACUAACAGACGAGCCUCCACUACGUUUCGCGCCCUGCAGCACAGCUUUGGUGUUUAAGGUGUUAAGUUGGGAAGUCACAGCGUUGAUAUUUGCACCUGUAACCCUGCUUAUUUCCUUCUUAUCUUCAAAGAACACGAAUGUUGGCACUGCAGUAAUGGUAUAUCUACUUGCCAAUUCUUUCUGGGCAUCAAGAUCAACACGAACAAUCUCGACCCCGGUAUAUUCUUCAUUCUCGUAAAAUUGGUCAAUUAUCGGUUUUAUAGCCUGGCACGGGCCACACCAACUUGCGGUAAAAUUAGCAACCAAAUACUUGUUAGAAGACAAGUAUGCAUCGAAAUCACUAGUGGAUUUCACGAACUGAAUUGACAUAGCGGUGGAAUGUUUUGGGGAAAGUAGACGAGUGAGUUGGAGGCAACGGAAUUUUUUUGAUUUAUCAGCACUAGAAAAAAGCGGGAUUCUUGCAACACACACUCCUGUUAUUGCUUAUCCAACUACACAAUUAUGUCCCAGCCUGGUGCUACUCGUCUUGCAUCGGGUAAUUCGGUGGCUUCACAACUACGACUAUCACGAGUGACGACACCUGACCUGACACUCCACAGACAACCAUCGAAAAAUUCGCCUAAAUCUAAGCAUGACCCAGAGCAAGAACAACAGUACAACGAUGUCAAACCCAGAAAGAAACACGGUGCUGGUUUUGACUUGGACAUUACUGUGGAAGAAGCCAGUGAAUUGACACACUUGUUCUUAGAUACCAGAAACACCCUCAGGGCCGACUGUAAUAUCAUCGAUCCAGUGACUUCGGACUUACCCUCUAGUCCGCAAGAAAUGAGUCCAAGUAAGUUCUCCCGAAGCACGAUUGUUCGGGCCGAGAAGGUCAAAACCAUGAUUGGAAUGAAGUAUCUCUAUAUCCAACGAAUCUACGAAUGGAAUGACGCACAUGGCAUGAACACGGAACAUCCUGGUAUAGAAGGAGUCUAUAACCCGUUGCAGAUUUUAAGAAACCGAAAGAUCCGUGCCAAAUAUAAGGAGUUUCCUAAACCACUUUCAUCCAAGACUAUCCCGCUUGCAUGUAUCGUAUUCAGCAAACACAACCAAGGACAUCAUCGGAAACGAACAUGGAGAAUGGUAUGGGCUAUUGAAUUAAAUGAAUUCGUUAGUGAUUCUCGAUGGAGAGCAAGACAUUGGCACGAAUUGGAGAAACCAAAUGGAGAACUCUGGUUCCCACCCGAAGACCACGUCCCACAACCCAAGAGUAAACGUAAGAAACUUAGACGAUUACAUGACAAGUUGUUUGAUUCAGUAAGUGACUAUGAGGAUAAAAAGUCGACCCAUCGGAGGAAUGAAUCUGUUGUUACGGCUGGUAGUUCCGAUAGUGAAUUAAACAUGUUGAAAAUCCAUCGGUCGAAAUCACCAAAGAAAAAACUCCGUAAUAAGAUGAAGAAGUUUUAUGAACGGGACUCGUCUUCUUCGGCCGCAGAUAUUGAAGAAGUUUCUGACCACCAUGAAAUCCUAAAUACACAAAUGUUCAGACGAGUCGUUCAUUCGGAAUCUAGUUCCGAUGUGGCAGCUCCCGAUGAUCCUAAGUUAGCUAGCAUAUCACCGCCGAUAAUCAAAAUUGAAGCAUUGCCCGAUGAAUCCAUCCAGGAUGUGGAAUUCGUUCCUUCCAAGCGGUCAAGUUCCCUGCCUGCUCUUAUCCCUAGUGAUUUAGAAGAAGAGGAAGAGGAAGACGUAUCAACAAACAGUGUACCCCUGGAAGAACUGCCAGAAUUGAUGUGCACGGUUGAUCAACGAGAACAUGCAUUCUCCAAGAUCGUAAGCAGUGUGGAUUACUUGUAUGAAGUGUGUGUACUUAGAACAAACCACUUGCUUGUGACAUACCCCAAUAAUCUUCAAGUAAUUCAAAAUAAGGUGGAUAGUAUCACCGGUAAGCAAACAUUUGACAUACUUCGACAAAUGUCAAGCAUUAAUGAUGAACAUUUACCUGUUUACGAAGAAUUAUACCAUGGAUUCUUGGACGAAAUCAAGUCGAUUAUACACAUGGUUAAUGAUAACUAUUCGGUCAAGAUUGACAGUUUGUUGAGCAGCAGUGAUCGAGCAAUCAGUGAAAUCAAUGCUUCGCUUUCAUUAGAAUUACGUAAAGUCAAUGAGCGAUUGGAUCAUCUUGACGAAUCAUUCCUGAAGAAAACAAUCCGACCAUCAGAUCUCAAGAUGAACAUGAAAGAAGGAACAAACUAUAAGAUCAUGUAUUUCUGUCUUGAAAACCUCAUUGUCAUUCUAUUAAGGCUAAUAUGGGUAUUGGUGAAUAUUUUCAAAGGGGGAGUAAUGGUUGUAGGAGUGGUGUACAAGAUAAUUCGUUUAUUUAUUUAAGUUAUUUAACUCUAGCAAUAAAUUAUUGGCAUUUAUGAAGUACUCAUAAUUGGAAUUAGGAGCGAAACUAAGUGAUUCACUGGAUGCUCUGUCCACCAAUGUAAAUAAUGAUUCAACGUCUUCGCGGUCGUCCACUUGAUAGUCGUAUGGGACAUAAUGAUCACCCGAGUCGAUCAUGACCCCGAGAAUUUGAUCUCUUACUUCACUGUCUAACACCAGUUUCAAGGUAAUCAACUUGGUUUCGUAAUCAUCAUUGGAAACUCUACCAAUGUCUAGCAACAACUUAACCGUCUUACCUUGUAGAUUCUUGUAAGAAUUGACUUUAGCAACAAGUUCAGUAAUGUCAUCGCCAAGCGGUAAAAUCACAAAAGUGUCACUGUUCCCCGUAGUACCCACGACAGCGACUGUACCGUAUUUAGUAAUACUCAAGAACUGGUGUGGUUGCAGGGUAGCAUACAUUGAAUCAAGACACGAAGUCAAUUUGUGAUCCAACAUAUCUGACUUUUCACCGGCACUGAACCCAACGGCGUACGAUGAGCCCGAGGCUAAUUCUCUAUGUAGCUGAGAUUCAAUGAGAGUUGGCCCCACUAUACCCAUACUGUAAAAAUCAGCAAGGUAUUGUGGUGUCAAUGUGUCGACGAAUUCGGAAACUAAUGGGGCAUAUUGGGAUAAUUCACGAAGGAGGGAACGACAUUUGGGUAUACCCUUGUCGAUUUCGAAUGUUCUUAUGCUUUGCGACUGUGGUGAUGUGUAUGCGUGGUUGUACAUUGUAAGAUUGGUUCUCAAGGCUAAAUGCAAGUUGGAUAACUCAGCUGGGUCAUGAAAGAUUGACUUUAUCUCAGAAGGCAAGUAGUCUGAGCUGGUUAUUGAAUUGCCCUGUUUCAAACUGAGGUAUUGGGCACAUGCCUUGAUUUGAUUGGUGUCUUUGAUAUGCGAGGGCCCAGUAAUGACCAACAAUGGCUUUUUUCCAUCUGACAAAAGGGAGUUCACAUUAGUUCUAUCAUUAAAAAUCUUGUUUUGCAAUUGAGGAGUAAUGGGGUACAAUACCUUUUGCAUUACCUCCGGUUGUGGAAUUGGGAUGUUUCCCUUGUUAGUUGUAUUGCUGGACUUGGUAGCUGUCUGAUGAUACUCCCAUUCUGGUGCAUAUGAAUGAGCCACUGGGCUCUCAACUUCGGUGUCGGUUGUAUUUACACUUUCACUUGUUUCUAUCACCAACGAUUUUUCAAGGGUGCGUGAUAAUGGGGAUUUUAUUCUUGGUUGAAGGGACAUUAUUGAGUGGGGUAGAUUAGGGGAUGUGCUAAAAUUGCUAAUCUUCGGACUAGUCUGUGAAGUAUGAGUAAUGUUUGUAAACAAAUGAAUGUGCAAGUCGAGUU